GAAUUUUGGUCUGGAUCUAGACUAAACUCGAUUUAAGCAAGAGCAUUUAUGAGUCAACACAUGCACCAGAAAUACACAGCUGGAGGAAGAAUUUCUCCUCUUCUGAAAUACCCUAAUGGUAAUUACCAUUACAUAUCUUCAAAGAAGAGAAGGUGAGGGUGCAGAAAAUUGAUAACAGAUGAAGCGCUGGGGAAAUCUAGGCGUGGUAGAGACUAUCUAUGAACAGGAACAUGAGUACGCCAGCCCUACCUCAUCUUCUUCUCCAUCUCCAACCUCUUCCCCGGCAACUCUUCGUUCUAGAGUUGAGGCGUGGUCACUGGCGAAGGGGCGAAAGACAGAUGUGUUGAUACGAGUUCAAGGCACAAGUUUCCAUCUUCACAAGGAUCCCUUAACAUCACGGAGCAUCUAUUUAAAAAGGCAACUGACGGACCUCUCCGAGUUAAGUCUCUCUCCACCGUUAAACAUAACUGCUCAAACUUUCUCUCUCAUGGCUGAUUUCUGUUACGGGGCCCACCUCGAUAUGACGCCAUUCAACGUGGCCGCGCUAAGAACAGCCGCAGAAUUGCUUCAAAUGACGAAGACUGACGACGAUGAGGAGGGCCUAAGGGAGAUAACGGAAGCGUACUUCGGUCAAGUCGUUACCAUGAACCGAGAGUACGUGUUGAUUGUUUUCCGUUCUUGUUUAAAUUUACUCCCAGAAGCGGAAACGACAGCGUUUCUUGUGAGCAGAUGCAUUGAAGCCUUAAGUUUGACGGACGAGGGUUAUAACAUUGUUAACGUGUUUGACGACGUUGUAACGUUGCGCGCUGAGGAUUUUGAAAUUGUUGCCCAGUCCCUGAGCCUACGUUUGAGGGAACACGACGUGCUUUAUGAGGUCGUCGAUCUUUAUCUCAAGGAGCACAGUGGCAAGAUAACUGAUGAACAAAAAACCCAGAUAUGUUGUCACAUAGACUGCAACAAGCUCUCACCUCAUCUCCUCUUACACUCUGUGCAAAACCCUAGAAUGCCACUUCGGUUUGUAAUCCGAGCCAUGCUGGCUGAGCAGCUCAAUACACGCCGCUAUAUCAUUUCAGCAUCAUAUGAUCACAAUUCUCUCCAGCAUCAUCAGUGCACUAGAGACCCCAUAACGCUAGGAGCAAUACUCCAACGCGACGAAGCUCUUCGCGAAGCAGCCCAACUCAAGGCUGCAAUGAACGCUACGAGUUCCCGUAUCCAAAACUUGGAAAAUGAGCUUAAUGGGAUAAAGAAGCUGUUGACUGAGACCGAGAAGGAAAGAAGUGAAGUGGAUGAGAUGAAUGAGCGUAUGGUUGAGGCUGCAGAGAAAGAAAGACAUGCUUUAGUGUCAGGGAGGUCUGCAAGUUUCCAUCAUGUGAGAGAGAACAUUAAGAUUGAACGAGGUGAAACAGGAUCAGUUUCUUCUUUGAAUGUUAGGUUUAGUGGUGGCAGACAAGAGAAAGGAGCAUUGGGGUCUUCAUCGUUUGAGGGUUCACAUAAUGGGACCCCAAGAAUGAAGAAGAACUUUGCUCUGAGGUGGAUAACUGGAUUGAAAGGCACUUUUCGGGCAUCUAAACAUGGCUCUAAUCAAAACGAGAUUUCGAAAAAAGUGGAAGGUGAUAAAGUAGGAGAUAUUGAUGAAGAUGGAGAUGAAAUGAAGAAGUUAAGGUUAUGAUUGUGAAAGAUAGUCUAGUUGAAUUACCAUUCUUUUUUUCUCUGAAUUUAAUUUGAUUGAUAGAUGUGGGCGUGAAGUUCUCUUUAUUAGUUAAAACCCUAAUUUUAUAGAUCAUCCCUAGUUCUUUGGUGUAUCAAUAC